AAGAGGAAUGAAAACACUAGACGUGAAAUGAAGUGGAAUGAUAAAGCUUCUACUGGUGCUACAAUUGAGGAGGGAUUUUUCCUCCGUCUCAAGUGACAAAGACAGCAUUUUCUGUGAACUUAGUGAAUGUGGUUCUUUAUUCUAAUCUAUCCGAUUGGAAGAUUUCUCAAAGGUUUCUCAAGUUUUUAUGGCAUUUGGACCCUGAAAAGAAAAAAAAAGACAGCAAAUGUUCACGACAAUAGACUGUUUUUUUUAGCUUAUCCCUAAAUAAGACGUAGUGUUUUUUCAUGUAAGGCUGCCAACAUAUUGUUUAUUAACCCAUUUCAAGUGGCUUCACUUUAUAUAAGUUUAUGUUUUUAUGUGUUUGUUAAACAGCCAAAGAAAGUCUAGGAGAGAGAAAAAAAUUGUAUCAACUCAGAGGAAGUUAUACUUUCACAACACCUAUGGGUUAAGCAACCUGUGCAUGCCAAGAAUGCAUACUUGGAACUCAACCUUCAGCCUGCGUGGGCUAUUCUGAAGAAGCCGCCUUUCAGAUGUGAACACACCUCCACCUCUCUACUGGCUCCAGCCAGUAGAGCUCUUCUGCUUAUGAAAAGAGAAGAUGAUGGGGUUGUUUUUUGUUCAGGAAGACGUUCGGGUCGAUGAUUGGCUGGAACGGCUGCAUUGUUUGGACGACAAUAUAAAGCUCCUCGGAAGCGUGAGCAGGAAAACGUCCUGAACGGAAGCAUCAGAAAACAAAAUGUUGACGCAAAGAAGGAAAACCGUGGAAUUAGUUCUCAUCUCAGCAGGGAUGAGUUUGCUUCUCGUCAUCACAUCGGGACAAUGUGCGAUGCUGAGCGAAGACCCUCAGAUCAAUACAACCCCGCCUGUUGUGAACUCAACCCUGAAUACACAUCUAGAUAACAGCAGCACCGUGGCACUUGAGGUCCACAGCUCACACAGACUGUGCGACAGUAAGGAUGAGGGGUUCUGUGGAAACGGGGGUCAGUGCAUCUACCCCCAGGACAACCACAAGCCGGCAUGCAUCUGCAAACCGUCAUUCACAGGACCCCGCUGCCUGUACCCCAUGGAGAGUCACUCUGGGCACGAGGUUGAAAAAGUGAUUGCCAUCGUUUGUGGGGUCACCAUGAUCAUCUUCAUCCUGAUGAUUAUCAUCUACUGCUGUGUCCGUAAGAGUUGUGCAAAAUCAGGAUUACUUCUAAAAUCUGCACCAGAGUCUUUGAUUUGACCCCCAACGCUCCACUUCAGCAUCGUCAUCAGCGCACAAUCCUCCCGGAAAACUCAAAAGGACUCCCUUUGAGAAAAUAGUAUUUAUAUUGACUUUAUGUUUUAAAAAGUCAAAGUAAAAAAAUCUGAGAAAUGGCAGACUA